AUGUUUUCAGGAUUUGGUGGUUUUGCCAGCGGAUAUGCCAAUAUCCCCCAGAAGCUUGAAGAGUUCUUCAGAUGCUAUCCAAUAGCUAUGAUGAACGAUAACAUACGAAAGGAUAAUGCCAAUUAUGGUGGUAAAAUAUUUUUGCCACCAAGCGCUCUAAAUAAAUUGACGAUGCUUAAUAUUAGAUAUCCUAUGUUAUUUGAACUUAAGAGUCAAGAAAGUGGCAAAGUGACACAUGGCGGUGUUUUAGAGUUUGUUGCUGAAGAAGGUAGGGUUUAUUUGCCACAAUGGAUGAUGGAAACAUUACAAAUUCAGCCUGGAUCUAUACUCCAAGUGUCAUCCACCGAUGUUCCAUUGGGCCAAUUUGUAAAGUUGGAACCUCAAUCUGUUGACUUUUUGGAUAUAUCCGAUCCCAAAGCAGUGUUAGAAAGAGUGUUGAGAAACUUCAGUACCUUAACUGUGAAUGACAUAAUCGAGAUCAGUUAUAAUAACAAAAUAUACAGGAUCAAAAUUCUAGAGGUGAAGCCUGAAUCAUCUUCAAAGUCUAUUUGUGUCAUUGAAACUGAUUUGGUAACCGAUUUUGCUCCCCCAGUGGGAUAUGUGGAACCCGAUUACAAAGCACAGCAGAAGAAUCAAACAAAGGUACCUAAACCUGAUGCUGCUAUGAACGGCUUUGGAAGUAUGUCUAAAAGAAUCAAUUAUGCAGAUAUGUUGGAUCCUGUGAAGCAGAACGAGAACUUCCUUGGGGAAGGUAAAAAACUCUCUGGUAAAAGUAUAAAGCAGAAAGAGGAAGACUUAAAGGAAAUAAAGAUAUCGCUUGACGGAAAACCUGCCCCUCUAAACUUACCCGAGGGACAGCUAUUUUUUGGAUUCCCUUAUGUUCCACCAGUUACAGAAACGGACAACAAUGAUGAAAAGACCCCUUCUAAACUAUUCCAAGGAGAAGGAAAAUCCUUAAGGCAAAGUUUCAAGCGCAAAGACAGAGGGGCACAUCAGGGUUCAAAAAACAAAGCCCCUAAGAGCCCGGAAGUCAUAGAAAUAGAUUAG